AUGGGGUCGCACACGCUCAACGCGCCGGUGCGCGUCUUCUCGUGGACCUCCCGUGUUUUCGAGCUCGUCUUCCUCGCUCUCCUCAUCACCUUCUGCGUCUACUUCUCCAAGGACAAAACAGACCCCUCGCUCGCCGUGUAUGGCGGAAUGUCUGGUUGCUACAACUGCGACAACGGGUGGAACUGGCACGUGCUGCUCAUGGGCAUCGCCUUCGGCAUCGCCAUGACCGAAUCCGUUCUCGCCUUCUGCUCCAGCUCUCUCAGGGCGAACGGGUACGCCAAGUGGGUGCACCUGGCGUGGCAGGCGAUCGCGCUGAUCCUAGCGGCAGCGGGGCUGGCGUCUAUCAUCGUGGCCAAGAACUAUUCAGACAGCAAGCACAUGUACUCUGUGCAUGCCUACUGUGGGGUGCUCACCCUCGCGCUCUUCGUUAUCCAGUUCUUCUGGGGCCUGUGCGCGUUCGUUCUCUUCAGGAGCCGCCUGUCCGAAGCAACGCGGUACCAGAUGGGCACCUACCACAUCCUGCUUGGGAAGCUCACUUACUACGCUGGCAUCGGCACGUGCGUGAACGGGUUCGCGGACAUGCAGAUGAUGAUGGUGGAUUCAGGGCAGCCGUCGUACGACAGUUCGACCAUGGCUCAGAGCUGGGCCGCCGUCUUCCUCUGGUUCACCUCGGCUGCUGUGUUCUGCGCCAUGACAACUUCCAGGACCGCGGAGGUCGUCACUGACUCUGAAGAGAAGGAUGCUGAGAAUAAUGUCGCAGUGUAG